AUCUGCUAACGGUGAAGACCUACCUACUAAUAGAGGUUUUUAUUUGAGGAUGAAUGUCUGUUUCCGGGAAAUAGAGAGGUUUAAUAGGUAAUCAUUAGAUGUAAUCUGCGAAUGCCUUGAGAGGUGCUUACACAAGUUAUGCUUAUGCGAAAUGCUUUAGGAUAAGACAGGAAAGAAAAACUUGAAAAUGGGCUGUUGCUGUUCAACAACUUCGAGAGUCAGUUCGGUUAAACCGAACUCUAGGUCGUUUCCAGAUCCUUCAGAUGCUCUCGAUAGCCCUGUAGUUAAGGACCGGCAUUGCACAGAUGUUUUCUUUUUGAUUAUUUUCGCAGUUUAUGUGAUUUUUUUGGUCGUAGGAGUUAUCCUAGCAGCAAUACAAGGGGAUCCCAGACGUCUUUUCUACGGUCAUGAUAAUUACGGAAAUGUCUGUGGGAUAAAGAACGAGAAAAUUAACGGAGCCAACAAAUCGGGAAUGGAUUAUACCGGAAUGAGGUUCUUGAAAAUGGGCCAAAAAUGUUCUGAUGGCAAUUGCCCGAUGGAAAAAGAAUGUGUUAAAGCGUGCGCCGAAGGAUACGAAGAAAGUACUUUAUACCGUUGUUUACCAGCAACAGUGGCUAAAACUACGUCAUCAAUAUUUCAGUCUACUCAGCCUUUUUUUGAGGAGGUGGGUGCAGAUAUCAGCAUCUGUUGGCAAGAAAUAAUAGUGCUUUGUGUAAUCAGCAUUGGUCUCUCCCUUCUGUUGUUGCUUCUGUUUCGAUUUUGCGCUGCCAUCAUCAUAUGGGCGGUGUUACUAUGCGUCACUGCAGUUUCUAUCGGCGUCACCAUAUAUUUAUGGUACAAAUGGAACGAGAAGAAGCAGGCCGUGAACGGAUAUGAAGGUCCUAAUAAAGAUCUUAAAGAGCGACAAGUAACUUACUGGCUGGUAGCAGCGAUCGUAUCAACGAUUUUUACAGUUAUUUAUCUUCUUGUUAUAAUUUUUAUGAGGAACAAGAUUAAACUGGUUGCUGCUUUAUUCAAGGAAGCGGGAAAAUCUAUAUCAGCAAUGCCAUUAAUUCUUCUUCAACCUAUUGAGACCUUCAUUGCAAUAGCAGUGAUUUGCUUCUUUCUCUUGAUGGGAUUCAUUUGCCUGCAAACCUCCGGGAAACCACUUGUGGAUUCAAAAGGCGGAGUAACUUUCCCUAUUGAAACAUUUUUCCAGGUAAUGCGCUGGCUGCUAUUGUUUGGAUUCAUAUGGUUAACUCAAUUUGCAAUGGCGUGCCAAAAUUUCGUUGUUGCUGGAGCAGUAGUCAACUGGUUUUUCACAAGGGAUAAACAUCGACUGGGCAGCCCCAUAUGGAGAAGCCUCAACAUGUUGGUCUGUUAUCAUCUAGGAUCAGUCGCUUUUGGCUCGCUUAUCAUUGCUAUUAUGAAAGCCAUUCGUGCGUUAUUUCGUCUCCUGCAGAAACACAUGAACAAUCAGAAUCAGAGGUGUGAUAUAUUCUGGAAGUUCUUUCAGUGUUGCUUGGCUUGCUUCGAAAGUUACUUGAAAUUUCUCAGCAAGAAUGCCUAUAUCAUGAUAGCUAUCUCCGGUGAUUCCUUCUGUGCCAGCGCUCGGAAAGCUUUCGGCAGUCUCACUUCGAAUAUCUUGAAGAUUGCAGCCGUGGAUUGCAUCGGAGAUUUCAUCCUGUUUAUCGGGAAAAUGGGCGUCACUAUAUCCAUUGCUUUGAUCGCUCUCGAAAUCUUGAAGGGUAAACAGGAACUGAACUACAUCUGGAUUCCUGUGGCGAUCUCUUGUGUUUUUGCCUUUCUUUGCUGUCAUUGUUUUCUGUCUGUCUAUGAGAUGGCAAUUGACACUCUAUUGCUGUGCUUUUGUGAAGAUUGCCAAAUGAAUGACGGGAUUACAAGACCUUACUUUAUGAGUAAAAGUCUGAUGACAUUUGUGGAAAACAGCAGGAGGAAUGCGAGAAUUGCUCCAAUGCCGAAGGGCAAAGAUAUAGACUGAACUGAUUCAACAACAUUAACAUAAGUGAAAAAAAUAGACUGAUUUCAGAAGUACAAAAGCAAGAAAGAAACAGAGAGAAUCUCACAGCAUUUUAUAUGUAAUUUUGUCUUAUACUUAGCUAUUUCAUAUUUUAAGCAUUUUUAAUUCGUUUUUUUACAUGCAUUGACUUUCUGAAAAUGAUUUUUACGAGUUAAGUCGAUGAAAAUUAACCAAUCAUCAAAGUAAUGACAUACUUCAUUUUUACAUAUCAGGAACUACAAUGACUAAAAUAAACUGAGUGAGUUGGACUGUCAAAAACAUCAGAAGAAAUAUAUUUUCCAAAAUUCUUCUUAAAUCUUUUUGACUGGUCUUAAAGCUUUUAGGGUAGCAUGAAACGUAUCGAAAAAUAACUGUUAGUAUAUUUCAGUACCUUUUGGAGAUUUUCAUUUCAGUACUUCGUCCAAACUCAGAUCCUAGUAAGUUUGACAAAAAAAAAAAAAAAAAAAAAAACCUGAAAUCUACGAUUGCAACGUUCAAGUUAUCAUGUGAGAACAUUAUUAUUUUUAAGUCAUUAUUUGUCUUAAUUAAUUUAAGUCACUGACCAGUUUAAACCGGUUUACGAGAGCUCCAAAACUUUUUUGCCAGCCAAAAAGAUAAACAAAUAAAUAAUAAUAAUUGAAAAUGAAAAUUGCCAUUUAUGCUUUAUUCAUUGCCUACACGAUUUCGAGCUUCAAAACCCCCUAACCAAAACAACUUCAUGUUAUCAUAAAAAGGAAUGCCACGUUUGAAAGCUGAAUAACAAGCAUUUCCGUCGCAAUGCGAUUUCCAAAUGAUAAACUACUUACCAAUAAAUUUUUAAAAAUAUUAAUUUAUAUAAAAUUUUUAUGAAAACAAUAUUUUUGUAAACACAAACUGCUAUUUUCUAAUUUCUGAGAUCAUAAAACAGUUUCAUAAUGGAUUUAUUUUAGAACAGGAGUCAAAUCCUUCAAUGUCUCCUAUUUAAGAAUGAAUGAAAUGAUAUUUCUCCAUUGGGGGAAAGAGAAAGUACUUUUAUCAAAACUGUUAUUAACUGUUAAAACUGUUAUUAAACGCGAGUGAAGUUUUUUUGAACUUAAACAUAUUAUAAAAAUAAAAUUAUUUAAUUUCCUCAGAAAAAAAUUACAUUCCAUGAAAAUAACAGUUGUGAUGUCAUAGUUCUACGCCAACUUUUUAAAAACGCAUCUUCUGUCAAAGAAGCAUACGUAGUAAUAAAGCAAUACUGGUAAAAGCAGGUCAACCUUUUAAAAACGCAUCUACUUUCAAAGAAGCAGACAUAAUAAUAAUCCAAUGCUGGUAAAAGCAAGUGAAAAAAUAUAUGCGAUUAAUAGAUAAUGAUGAAAAUUGCCAUUUAUGCUUUAUUCAUUGCCUACGCGAUUUAGAGCUUCAAUAUUCAUUGCCCAUGCGAUUUAGAGCUUCAAAACACCGUGACUAAAGCAACAUCAUGUGUCAAAUAAUAAAAAAAUUCGUUCUUCUUAGCCUAAAAUAUUUUAGUACUUUCUUACCAAUAUUUUUUUCAUAUAUGUCGAAAAUAUUAUUAUCUAAAAAAACGAAUCCUCUCUUUCCACGUUGUAUUUGAUGAAUGCAAUCACAUUAACGUUCUAACAGCAAACGGAGCGUUUCUGCUGCAGUUUUCUUUAGGAAAUAAUGAUGAACUAAAACUGCAUACAAAUGUAGACAAAACGCGAACAUUAAGCUUUUGGUGAAAUUAAAUUCGAAUUUUUUGGAAAAAAAUAUAUGUAUUAUUUUUUUCUUUUUAUGUAAUGAUGAUUAAUUAUUAAAAGUUGCUGAAAAAACUUUUAAGUAUAAGCUAUCCUUUUCAUAGUUAUUUGCAAGCAGUACUCUGACGACGCCAAAAUAAGAUUAGACACCAAAUGUAUCUAAUUUUCUCUCAUGGUUUCAUGCAUUCAUGUGAGAUGUUUUCUAAUUUUAUUGGAUUUUUUAAACUUUAUAAUACAAAGUUCCAUAUUUUUGCUUUAGAUGUGUGAAAUUUUUUGAAUCGGAGUUAUUAAAUACAAUAUUAUUGCUACAAACCAUGCACAAUGGUAAAAGUUUCACUGAAUUUUAUUUUUUCAUCGCUGUUUUGCUCAAAGAUUCAAAUGUUUGUAUUUUGAGCUGUUUAAUGAUAAGGUUUAUGCAAGCUAGAGUCAUGACUAAAAAGAAUAAAAAAUAUUGAACAUUGUAACCCUAUUAUAUCAGGAAUAAAUAAAUUUAUCAUAAUUAAUCAGGGACUUUUAAAAAUGGAGAAUAUCAGCAGUUAUAUAAUUUUAUUAAGUAAAAUGGUUUCAUGCGAAAAAUUUAAUCGGUAUUUAAUUGCUUUUAUUUCAGAUGCAAUUUAUGAGUAAAAAAGUAAAAGAAAUAGUUAACUAUCCUCGAAUAAACUUAAAAAUCUUGUUGUUUAUGUAUAAUCUCAGUUUCUAAUAAGCUUAUUUUUAAUUUAUUUUAGUGAAAAGUAAUUUAAAAUGAGUUAGUUUAUAUCUUUAUAAAAAUAAACAUUUUUUAUUUCUGUGAUAAUUUUUAAAAAUUUCAUAUUUCAGUAAGGUACAAAUUCCUUGUAUCACAUUGAUAUAGGAAAAUUUUAAUUUUUAGUAAACAGAUAAAUAUCAGAAGAGACGAUUUUAAGACUAUUAUUAUUUCAAUUAUAUGGUACUUUAUACGAUUCAGGUGAAAAAAUAUCUCGACACGGAUUUUUCAACUCAUAUAAAAUCUUAAAUAUACCAAGAAAUGGUAUACUACUUUAACUCUUUAAAGGGCCAUUUUUUUCUAGUCAUACUAUGUUAAAAUAUUUUUAGGUUUGAAAUUAGAAUAAGAAAGGAUUCAUUUAGCUUAUUAGAUAAAUUUAAUUUGAUUAAUUAAUUAAUUUGGUUAAUUAAUAAUUAAGAACCAAAUCAAGACACAUCAUUUUGUCUGAGGUAAAGAACUGAAGCAUCUAAGUUUCUGACUUACUAAAAAAUUUGUCAGGACUUAUGCAACCUACAUAAUUUCAUACAAAAAUUGAUAAAUUUGGUGGGAAGCAUACUUCCAACGGCCCUAGAAAGGGUUAACUUGAUAGAGGUUACUGCUAUUCAGUGACAACAUUCAACCUUAUAUUUAAUCAUAUCAAAUGCGUCCGUUCUAAUUUUAUACUUUAUUAUGAAAAUAAAAUUUUUACAUUGCUUUUUGUACUAAAAUGUAAUCGUAGGUGUGCGUGGAUUAAGCCUAUCACAAAGUACAAAUGUGGUAUUUAAAGCAAGCUUUGUGUGUGUUCAUGUCAAAUUUUAUCAAUUCGUGUUUAAAUUUGAAAUGUUUUUCAUUUAUUUUAAUAUUUGAUAAAAUACAUGUCUGAUGUUUUAUUUUAAUAAUUAGAAAUUGUCUAAUAACUGCACUUCAACUUUUUGAAAAUAUUUUCACUUAACGUAGCGGUAUAGUUACUCUUUAAUGUACACGUGUUUCCAUUAUAUCAUCAUUUUUCGUACUUUUGAAUGUUUUGAAAAAAAAAAUAAUUAA